AUGCAGCCCCUCCACGUCGUUCAACUCAUGCAGCCAUCUGGCUCAAAGCCAACAUUUGGCACGCCACUGCUGGUCGAGGAAGCUUUCUCUGGUACCUGCCAUGGCAAGAGCUUGAGACGAUGUGGUUGGGCGUGCAAGUACUACGCGCCGGACCCGGAGGAGGACUUCGGGGAGGGGUACGAGGGGAAGCAGGUGGUGGUGGAGAACCUGCGGCAGCUGUGCGUGCACUGGGUGGCCAACGAGAGCGGGCGGCCGUGGGCGUGGUGGGACUUCACCAUGGACUAUAAGCUGCGGUGCUCCAUGAAGGAGAAGAAGUACAACAAGGCGUGCGCUAAGGAGGUGGUGGCCUCGCUCGGGCUGUCGCUGGAGAAGGUGCUGGUGUGCAUGGGCGACCCCGACGCCGACGCUGACAAUGCCGUCAUGUCCAAGGAGCAGGAGGACCAGAUCGGGCGCGGGUCGCGCGGGGACGUCACCAUCCUGCCCAUGCUCGUCAUCAACGGCGUCCAGUGCAGAGGGAAGCUGGAGAGGACGGCAGUGCUCAAGGCCGUGUGCGCCGGCUUCAAGGAGGGGACCGAACCGCAAGUCUGCCUGAGCCAUGACAUGGAGACGAACGAAUGCCUGCACCGAAACGGCGGGUGCUGGCGGGACGAGGCGACGAACAUGAUGGUGUGCAGGGACACGUACCGGGGCAGGGUGUGCGAGUGCCCCAUGGUGAACGGCGUCCGCUACGACGGUGACGGGUACACCCACUGCAAAGGUCGACUGCACCGCCACACGAAGUUCAUAGGCCAUAGCUGCGGACGGACGAAAUUCCAACUGUACUGUAACCCCUCAAGAUCCAUAGUGGCCAAAGAUGGCGCUCCACAGUUGUUCGAUGUAAUGCCUAAGGAGCAAACAAUGUCUCUCACUUUUUUCGAAAGACCUACCUAUCAUCUUGCCGCUGCUGCGUUAGAGUGGCUCCAUCUGCAGAUGGGGGAUAUCUCGACCUGCAGCUGGGAGAAGUCUCGACCUGCACCUGGUCGCGCGUGCCACUGCCACUUAGGUCCACCACCUACAGCUGGCGCCGCAGUGCCUCGACCGUUCAACUAUGCCACAUCAGCAGUUCAAUAUAUAUUGGAGAAGAAGAAAAAACAACAUUAG